AAAUAAGGAAUGAGAAAUCACACAGCAAUAACUUUAUUCAUCCUGCGAGGACUGACAGAUGACCCACAACUACAGGUUUUGCUUUUUAUAUUUCUGUUUCUCAAUUAUAUGUUGAGUAUAAUUGGGAACCUGACUAUCAUCACCCUCACCUUGGUGGAUCCUCAUCUGAAAACUCCUAUGUAUUUUUUCCUUAGAAACUUUUCCUUUUUAGAAGUCUCAUUCACAACUUCCUGUAUUCCCAGAUACCUCUACAGCAUAUCAACUGGGGACAACACAAUUUCUUAUAAUGCUUGUGCCAUGCAACUAUUUUCUGUAAUCUUUCUUGGAGCAGCAGAGUUCUUCCUUUUAGCUACCAUGUCCUAUGACCGUUAUGUGGCCAUCUGUAAACCUUUACAUUAUACUACUAUCAUGAAUAACAAAGUCUGUAAUCGGCUCCUACUGAGUUCUUGGCUGUCUGGACUAAUGAUUAUUCUCCCUCCAUUAAGCCUGGGUCUCCAGUUGGAUUUCUGUGACUCGAAUAUUAUUGACCAUUUUACUUGUGAUGCAUUUCCUGUGCUAGAGAUUUCAUGCACAGAUACAAAGUUCAUAGAGAAGAUAGCUUUGAUCGAUGCUAUAUUAACACUCAUCAUCACCUUAUUGUUUGUGAUUUGGUCUUAUGCCUCCAUUGUCAGAACCAUUCUGAAAUUUCCCUCUGCCCAGCAAAGGAAAAAGGCCUUUUCCACUUGUUCAUCCCACAUGAUUGUUGUCUCUAUCUCUUAUGGAAGCUGCAUCUUCAUGUAUGUCAAAUCUUCUGCAAAUGAAAUGGUAGCUUUGAACAAGGUGGUGUCAGUUCUCAUGACAUCUGUUGCCCCUGUGAUGAACCCCUUUAUUUAUACUUUGAGGAAUAAACAGGUCAAACAAGCCUUUAGGGAAUUAGUUAAAAAGAUUGCAAUUUUCAUAAAGCACUAA